GUUGCACCGAGGACACCGCCGAACUCUUCUUCCUCAGAAAAAGUUGGAUUAGGGGAAACUUUUAGAGAGGAACAAGGCGGAAGAAGAAGUUAGAACGUUAAUUGUUAAUUAGCUCAUUUGGAUCACCCGGUGCUCCCGCUCCAGCUGCGGGAACACCAGGUUGUUAUAAUAAUUUUAAAUUCAUUAUUUAAUAUUGAUUUUAACUCUGUCUAACAUGUAUAGCAUGAUGGAACACGAAUUAAAGCCCAGCGGGCAGCAGGUUCAUCACGCCACCCAGGGGAUGUCACCGAUCCCAGGAAACAUGACACCCGGGAAUGGCGUCUCUCACCCGGGCUCCAAAUCUGCCGUUGUCGGGGGAGGUGGUGGUGUCGUGGAUCCGAUGGAUAAGGUGAAGCGGCCCAUGAACGCGUUUAUGGUGUGGUCAAGAGGGCAAAGACGUAAAAUGGCUCAAGAAAACCCCAAAAUGCACAAUUCUGAGAUCAGCAAGCGCCUCGGAGCGGAAUGGAAGCUGCUGAGCGACGCCGAGAAGCGGCCGUUCAUCGACGAGGCCAAGCGGCUCCGUGCCGUCCACAUGAAGGAGUACCCAGACUACAAGUACAAGCCCCGCCGCAAGACCAAGCCCAUGUUGAAGAAGCACGACGUCCAGGUGCCCAAGUACCCCGCGCUGUCCGCGGGGAACCUGCUUCAGCAGGUGACGGCGGCGCAGGGUCAAGGGGUGAGUCCAAGGAUGGAGAGCUACGGAUGGGGUCCUACGGGGGGCUACGCCGGGAUGCAAGGCGAGGCGCUCGGCUACACUCAGCAGCUGCACCGCUACGACCUGUCGGCCCUGCAGUACCCCCCUGCCAUGGCGGCACAGACGUACAUGAACGGGAACAACUCCUACAGCCCAAUGUCCUACACCACCAGUCCCCAACAGCCCAGCCCCGUCACCAUGUCAAUGGUCAAACCGGAACCGGUGUCCCACUCGCCUCCGACGCCCACCCACCAGCGGGGCGGCCCCCUGCAGGGCGACCUCCGGGACAUGAUCAGCAUGUACAUCCCCGGAGGGGGUGACACGGGAGACCCCACAGCAGCAGCGGCCGCUGCAGCGGCAGCAGCAGCAGCACAGAGGGGCUACAGCAGCGUCCAGCAGCACUACCUCAGCGGGACGGUCCCGCUCACACACAUCUAGAAGCCGUACCCCACACCCCAAAAGUGUACAUAUUUUUUUUUUUUUUUUUUUUAGUUCUUUUUAGACCCACGAUUCAGCUCUCCACUGACAAAUGUGAGCUGACCUGAGACCAGCCUAUACGACAAAACACUUGUUUUGUUUUUGAUGGAUGACGCCGCCCAAUGGGGGGGACAACUUUUCUUCGAUAUUCUCUUAAAUAAAUGAACAAACAUGUUUUUAAUCCUAGCUUUUCCUCUUGACGUGGACACCAUUUGUUUUUAGGCUUACAUUAACGCUCUCCAGGGCCGUUUCAGCCCACGGGGGCCGCAGGUUGCCCACCCCUGCUGCUUUAUGGACCUAAAAUGGAAAUUGUUUUUAGUUGGGAGCAUCCAUUACUAACUACACACUUUUUUUUUUUUUUUU